CAGGGUAUAAAGAGGGUCCACAGAGUCCAGAGUCCAGAGGGUCCAGAGUCCAGAGUCCAGAGUCCAGAGGGUCCAGAGGGUCCACAGAGUCCAGAGUCCAGAGUCCAGACCAGCAGAGAGAGAGAACGGCACAUUUCAUAAACGUGGAUAUUUGCAUAACGAGGUUCAACAUGGCGCCGCCGGUGACUUACUGGGUGUGUGUGGUGGCUCUGACCUCCAGCCUGACCUCCAGCCUGACCUCCAGCCUGACCUCCAGCCCGGCCUUGAGGAGGGUCUCUCUGAAGAAGAUGCCGUCCAUCAGGGAGACCCUGAGGGAGAUGGGGGUCUCUGCAGAGCAGGUCCUCACAGAGUGGGACAACAACAACAACAACAACAACAACAACGGGACCGUUCCCACUCCUCUGACCAACUACUUGGACACUCAGUACUUUGGGGAGAUCAGUAUCGGUUCUCCGGCCCAGACGUUCAACGUGGUCUUCGACACCGGCUCCUCCAACCUGUGGGUCCCUUCACAGAGCUGCUCCCCUUUCUCUACAGCCUGCUUCACUCACAACCGGUACGACGCCUCCAGGUCUCGAACGUACGUGCAGAAUGGAACCGGCUUCUCCAUCCAGUACGCAGCCGGCAGCGUGAGGGGCUUCCUGAGCGAAGACGUGGUGGUGGUGGGCGGCAUCCCCGUGGUGCAGGUGUUUGCCGAGGCGUCCUCGCUCUCCGCCGUGCCGUUCAUCUUCGCUAAGUUCGACGGCGUGCUGGGGAUGGGCUACCCGAGCGUGGCGAUCGACGGCAUCACGCCGGUGUUCGACCGCAUCAUGUCGCAGCGCGUGCUCAAGGAGGAGGUGUUCUCCGUGUACUACAGCCGGGACCCUAAACACUCCCCCGGGGGGGAGCUGGUGCUCGGCGGCACCGACCCGAACUACUACACCGGAACCUUCAACUACCUGGACACCAGGGAGACGGGAAAGUGGGAGGUCACCAUGAAGGGGGUCUCCGUGGGGAUGGAGAUGCAUUUCUGUGCUGAGGGCUGCACGGCUGUGAUUGACACAGGCUCCUCCUACAUCACAGGCCCCGCCUCCUCCGUGUCGGCGCUGAUGAAAACCAUCGGAGCGCAGCUGGAUGAGAGCGGAUAUAAGGUCGACUGUGACUCGGUCCAGGCGCUGCCCAGCGUCACCUUCCACCUGGGGGGCCAAGAGUACUCCCUCACCCACGAGGACUACAUCCUGAGGCAGACGCAGGUGGAGGGGGCCGUGUGCACCGUGACCUUCCGGGGUCUGGACGUGCCCCCCCCCACGGGUCCGGUCUGGAUCCUGGGGGCCAACUUCAUCGCCCGCUACUACACCGAGUUCGACCGGCACAGCAACCGGAUCGGCUUCGCCACGGCGGUCUGACCGGAAGUCUCUCUCUCUCUCUCUCUCUCUCUCUCUCUCUCUCUCUAGGGCACAUUAAAGAUCAUCACCAUACACACUUUUUUUGCAAAUCCUGCUUUCUGAUAUUUUGCACUGAACACCCUCUCACCUUUUUGUAUGAUUAAUAUUUAUAAACAUGUGAGUGUAUGUGUGUUUGAGUGUGUGUUUGUGUGUGUGUUUGUGUGUUUGUGAGUGUGUGUGUUGUACCAGAAUAAACGUGUUUAUGGGCUUCACUCUGACUUCA